UGCCCCCUCCCUUUUGAAGGAGCCAUAAGUAAUAUGUAAAACCUAUCAAGGUAUUAAGUAUCUGUUAUAUAAUAUUAUAUAGUCUAUAUUGUUACCGUAACGCUUGGUGUAAACACGCAUCCCGACCACACGGGGCGCGGAGGAGCGCUGGAGGCGCAGAAAAACUUCCUCCCCGCUGGAGGAGGCGGACCCGGGUUCCAAGCAAUUAAGGGCGCUGCCAUACAAAGUACAAUCUCAGUAGUUAAUUUCUUAAACAGUUUCUCCGGAACAGUUCAGUAGUUCUCCUGAAGCUUUCGCUGCGCAGGGUAUCCGGUGAGCUACAAGAUGGUCCAGAAGAUCCUCAACUCCCGAUCUGUCCUCUCCAAAUCUCUGACGGUUCUGCAGAGACUACGGACACAUCAGCCAGGAGGGUCUGCAGCGAGCCGCGGCAUUCACGUGGACUCUUCCCCCAUCACCUCAACGCUCACUACCAGCUACGCCCACGGCACGUCCUCCUCAUCUCUGCUAAACGCCACAGUCGGAGAGUCCCUGCUGCGGACCGUGGAGCGGUGGCCUGACCGAGAGGCCGUGAUUUUUGUGAAAGACCGAGUCCGCAAGACCUUCGCACAGCUUCAGCAGGAUGUGGAUCAGGCUGCAGCUGGUUUGCUGGCUCUGGGACUGCAGAAAGGAGACCGUCUCGGCAUGUGGGGACCCAACACGUAUGAGUGGAUCCUGUUCCAGUUCGCCACAGCCAGAGCUGGGAUCAUACUGGUGUCUGUGAACCCAGCCUACAAGGUGCAGGAGGCGGAGUUUGCUCUGCGAAAGUCCGGCUGCAAAGCCGUCGUGUGCCCGUCGCAGUUCAACACUCAGGACUACAGCGGCAUGCUGACGCAGCUGUGUCCGGGGAUCGAGGCGUCCGCCCCGGGGGACGUGAGGAGCGGCAGACUCCCAGACCUCCGUUGCGUGAUCCUUUUGGAUCGCAGACAACCAGGAAUGUUGUGCUUUGAGGACGUGAUGCAGGCCGGCAGCAGCCAGCACAUGGAGCAACUCCAGGACCUGCAGAAGAAGAUCUCCACCGACGACCCCAUAAACAUCCAGUUUACUUCGGGAACCACCGGGACUCCAAAGGGUGCCACCUUGUCUCAUCACAACAUCGUCAACAAUGCCUACUUUGUGGGGAAGAGAGUGGGAUACAGCUGGAACCCAUUCAACCGUAUCUGCCUUCCUGUGCCUCUGUACCACUGCUUCGGCUCCGUGGGCGGCGGGAUGUGCAUGGCCGUGCACGGCGUGACCGCCGUCUUUCCCUCGGCCGGGUACAACGGAAAGGCCAACCUGGCGGCUCUGGAGAGCGAGAGGUGCACCUUCCUGUACGGCACGCCCACCAUGUUUGUGGAUAUGGUCAACCAGCCGGACUUGGCUAAAUACGACUUGUCGUCGGUCCAUGGAGGCAUCAUGGGAGGCUCCCCGGCUCCUCCAGAGCUCGUGAAGAAGGUCAUUUCUGUGAUGGGCAUCAAGGGACUGAUAGUUGCAUACGGAACCACGGAGAACAGCCCGGUGACCUUCUGCCCGUCGCCCAAGGACAGCGUGGAGAGGAAGUCAGAGACCGUGGGCUACAUCAUGGACCACGUGGAGGCUAAAAUUGUGGACCCCACAUCGGGCCAGGUGGUCCCUCUGGGGGCGACGGGGGAGCUCAUGACCAGAGGCUACUGCGUGAUGUUGGGUUACUGGGACGACGAAGCCAAAACACGAGAGAGCAUCACCCGGAGCGGAUGGUACAAAACCGGAGACCUGGCCACGAUGGACGCGUACAGCUACUGCCGGAUCGAGGGCCGAAUAAAAGACAUGAUCAUCCGAGGAGGAGAGAACAUCUACCCGGCGGAGAUCGAACAGUUCCUGCACACGCACCCCAAAGUCAAAGAGGCACAGGUGGUCGGAGUGCAGGACGCCCGCAUGGGGGAGGAGAUCUGCGCCUGCAUCAGACUAUCGGACGGAGAGGAGUGCACUGAAGAGGAGAUCAAAGCUUACUGCAAAGAACACAUCUCUCACUUCAAGAUCCCCCGCUACGUCCUGUUUGUGACCAGCUACCCGCUCACCGCCACCGCCAAGAUCCAGAAAGACAAACUACGCGAGGAAGCUGAGCAGCAGCUCGGACUCAAGAAUGAUAAAUGAGGAAAAUUCAAAUACUGUGUAACAGGGAUCUCAACAUGCUGGAGAAACAACGGCCGACAAUGAAGCCGCUUCCUGUAACCCACCGAUGUGAAGCAUUUACAACAGUGAUCAAAAACAAUAUGUCUCAGUAAGGAGUAGUGUGUGUGUUCUCCAUUACAAUAAGCACGCUCUUUAAUGUGACUCCGCUGCAUGAAUGAUUCCUGUUUGAGUAAUGUUUGUAAGAGGAAAAAGUGCAAUGAAAUUAAUCCAUUUGGUGAGGAUUGUCAAACAAAUGAAAAUCUGUACACAUGCGACAUCCUCAGAAAAACGUCAACAGGGAGGACAAAAGGAGAUAUUUGGGAACGUGGGGUUCGGGGUUCCUCUCCCAGUAGAUGUGUAAAUAAUGAACAUAAACAUGUACUAUACGUUCCAUGCAUAACUGAACAAACAAGAGCAUUGCAGGACUUUAUCCUGUGAAAAGCCAUAAGGUUUUUAACUGCAAUGAUCUUACUAAAAACCUUACCAACAUGUCAUGAAAAGCAGAAAGAAAGUUGCAAAACAAAAGCACUGCAAUGUCAGAAAAGGUGAUUAAAAAGUCAAGAAGGUGGUAUCAAAUGGUUGAGAAAAUAAAAAGCAUUCAUGAAAGUCAAA